GCGGCCGCUCGGGGCCGCACCUGUCCUAAGCCGCCCGGCUAGUGCAGUUGGGUCGCUGAAGGGGGAAGUCUCUUGGCCGCCGCAGUUGCGGCCGGCCUCGGGGGUGGGGGAAGAUGGUGGAGGACGGCGUGGAGGAGCUGGAAGAUCUCGUGCACUUUUCUGUGUCGGAGCUGCCGAGCCGGGGAUACGGGGUGAUGGAGGAAAUCCGGCGGCAGGGGAAGCUGUGCGAUGUGACCCUGAAGGUUGGAGAUCACAAAUUCAGUGCCCACAGGAUUGUCUUAGCUGCAUCUAUCCCGUACUUUCAUGCUAUGUUUACUAAUGACAUGAUGGAAUGUAAGCAGGAUGAGAUUGUAAUGCAAGGAAUGGACCCAAGUGCCCUGGAGGCUCUGAUUAACUUUGCCUACAAUGGUCACCUUGCCAUUGAUCAGCAGAAUGUCCAGUCCUUGCUCAUGGGGGCCAGUUUCCUACAGCUGCAGAACAUCAAAGACGCUUGCUGCACAUUCCUCAGAGAACGGCUUCACCCCAAGAACUGUCUGGGUGUUCGUCAGUUUGCUGAGACCAUGAUGUGUGCAGUGCUGUAUGACUCGGCCAACAGUUUCAUCCAUCAGCAUUUUGUGGAGGUAUCUGUGUCAGAAGAGUUCCUGGCAUUGCCCUUUGAUGAUGUCCUUGAAUUGGUGUCUCGGGAUGAGCUCAAUGUGAAAUCAGAAGAGCAGGUAUUUGAAGCUGCAUUAGCCUGGAUUAGGUAUGAUCAGGAGCAGCGAGAGCCCUGUCUUCCCGAGCUUCUGUCCAAAAUCCGCCUGCCCCUCUGCCGGCCUCAGUUCCUGUCAGAUCGGGUCCAGCAAGAUGACCUGGUACGCUGCUGUCAUAAAUGCAGGGACUUGGUGGAUGAAGCAAAAGACUAUCACCUCAUGCCAGAGCGCCGGCCACACCUGCUGGCCUUCAAAACUCGGCCUCGCUGCUGUACUUCCAUUGCGGGUCUCAUCUAUGCAGUGGGGGGGCUCAACUCAGCAGCAAAUUUUUAUGCAGGUGAUUCGCUGAAUGUGGUCGAAGUGUUUGACCCCAUCGCCAAUCGAUGGGAGAAGUGUCAGCCCAUGACAACAGCCCGUAGCCGCGUGGGAGUGGCUGUGGUCAACGGGCUCCUGUAUGCCAUUGGAGGAUAUGAUGGCCAAUUGCGGCUGAGUACUGUGGAGGUAUACAACCCUGAGACAGACACGUGGACCAAAGUGGGCAGCAUGAACAGCAAGCGAAGUGCUAUGGGAACAGUUGUGUUGGAUGGACAAAUCUAUGUCUGUGGUGGAUAUGAUGGCAACUCUUCCCUCAAUUCUGUGGAGACAUACUCCCCUGAAACAGACAAGUGGACUAUAGUAACCCCAAUGAGCUCAAACCGAAGUGCAGCAGGUGUCACCGUAUUUGAAGGCCGAAUAUAUGUGUCUGGAGGACAUGAUGGUUUACAGAUAUUCAACAGCGUGGAAUAUUACAACCAUCACACAGCCACCUGGCACCCAGUGGCCAGCAUGCUCAACAAACGUUGCCGUCAUGGAGCAGCCUCCUUGGGUAGCAAGAUGUUCGUCUGUGGGGGAUACGAUGGUUCUGGCUUCCUCAGCAUCGCCGAGGUCUACAGUUCUGUGGCAGACCAGUGGUAUCUGAUUGUUCCCAUGAACACACGCCGGAGCCGAGUCUCCCUAGUAGCAAACUGUGGGCGCUUGUACGCCGUGGGAGGCUAUGACGGACAGUCCAACCUGAGCUCAGUGGAGAUGUAUGACCCAGAAACAAACCGCUGGACGUUCAUGGCCCCCAUGGUGUGUCACGAAGGAGGGGUGGGGGUGGGCUGCAUUCCCCUCCUCACCAUUUAGAGCAGGAAGUGGGACGUGGGGUGGGGGUGAAACCAUGGGUUUAUCCUUCAAGUGACAAUCCUGGGAAGAAGCAGCGCAUCUCCUAGGGGUGUAGUGUGGAAUCACAGGAGGUACAGUUUUUCAGGUGCUUAAGUCAUCACCACACGGCCCUCUGGCCCGACAGGCCACGAUCACUGAAACGCACAACACGAAGCUGUCACCAUUGGGCUUUCCGUGGCUUGCCAUCUCAUGGUGCAGCACCCUCCUCAGUAGCUGAUGCCCAUGAAAUGCUCCACUCAGAUCCAGCUCCCACACUUCAGCUUGCCCAAGGGGCUCCGAGUCCUUCCUAGUUUGGCUUCAUGCCCAGCACCUAUCCUUGGCUGGAUAUUUUCUAGCCACAAUGUGUGGGAUUUUACAUGGAGCAGCUGCAGUGGCCCAACCCUGUGUAACGUGUGGGUCUGUGGUUGAGAGAAGAUGUACACUCUGUGUGUUCAGGGCAAAUGACCCUAAUAACAGUGCAGUAUAUUUAAUGGCAGCAGCUUGUCUGUUGCAAAAAAAAAAAAAAAUCAUGUUCCUUCUAUGAUAGAGUAGAG